GUACAUUUAGAGAGAAAAUGGCCUCAAUUACAGCUUUCCUUUUGUUCUGCACUCUUUUUCAGUUGCUCAUUGCAACAGACACGCGUCCCUGCGUCUUUCCAUUUAUUUACAAUGGGAAACUCUACCAUUCUUGCACCAACGACCAUAGCUGGAGGGGCCUAUGGUGUGCCACAACUGCAAACUAUGAUACAUCUCCUCAAUGGAAACAUUGUUCCUAUAAUGAAUAUGGAGGUAAUUCUCAUGGACAAUCUUGUGUAUUCCCCUUUAAGUACAAAGGCUAUAUAUUUUACUCUUGCAUCAAUGAAGAUAAUAAAAAGGGAAACUUCUGGUGUGCAACAACCAGGAAUUAUGAUAAGGAUAAGCAAUGGAGCUACUGCGCUGAUACAAACACGCGUCCCUGCGUCUUUCCAUUUAUUUACAAUGGGAAACUCUACCAUUCUUGCACCAACGACCAUAGCUGGAGGGGCCUAUGGUGUGCCACAACUGCAAACUAUGAUACAUCUCCUCAAUGGAAACAUUGUUCCUAUAAAGAAUAUGGAGGUAAUUCUCAUGGACAAUCUUGUGUAUUCCCCUUUAAGUACAAAGGCUAUAUAUUUUACUCUUGCAUCAAUGAAGAUAAUAAAAAGGGAAACUUCUGGUGUGCAACAACCAGGAAUUAUGAUAAGGAUAAGCAAUGGAGCUACUGCGCUGAUACAAUCAAAUGA